UAUUGUACAUAAAAAUGGCGAAUUUUGAAGGACGAAAUCCUGUUGUAAAAAUACAGGCGGUUGUUCGUGGGUUUUUGGUCAGAAGAAAGUUUUUGCGGCUGAAACAGGAAUACGAUGAGAUUGUAAUGUGUUUUGAGGGGCACAGUGCUAAGGUCCGUUGGAAAACCGAUUCAAAACUUUGUUUACCAACUGUACAUCAUGCGGAUUUUAAAACUACGGGAAAAUAUGAUGUAUUGCCUGAGAAUGGACAGCAAUUGACAGUUAGCGAGUCAAAUGUGGACACUGAUAUUGCAAGAGAUCAUUUCAAACCAAAAAUAGAAUUUUGCAAAAAUGAAACUUGUGACAAAGAUAUAUUGGCUCCUGAGGGAGACUUUGAAAAUGAAAUAUUUUAUCCAAACAACAAGACAUCUCUGUUUAAACUCCGUGAAGAUUUAACUAUGGAAUUACUCUGGAUUGAGCAAGCAAUUGAAAGCAGAAUAAAUUAUUUGAAAGUGAAGGAGAAUAUGAACAUACAAGCAAGUACCAAUUAACUUUCAUCAAGGACAAUCUUAUAAAUAUAUGAAAUGGAUAAUUGCUGUAUGGAUUUUGAUGUAAAAAAGUUAUUAAAAAGAUUAAUUUACUUCACAUCUAGGAAAUUAAUUUGGAGAAAUGUCUAAUACUUCCUUCCCCCAAGAUAAUUAACACCUUCAUA